AUGUUGCGGGGUGGACAGUUUGCAAGCCCGUGCUUCUCCACUCAUGGCUUCUUUGUCCAUCCGGCCCAAGUGGUUCGAAAUCACUCAGCCCACAUCCUCCAUACCGCCAUACCUUGCUUUCGCGCGAGAGGCCCUGGCAGCUUUCUCCAGGUGCGGCGCUCGCCGACAGCCGGCUUCGGCUACUUCCGUCACAAUUUAGCUGCUUGCAUGGUUGGUCUACUACACAAGCUGCUGCUUGGGGUUUGUCUCGCUAAGCUUGCUGGAGCUAUCGUCCAUCAUCAAGGCCAGCAGACAACCAGGGACAAGUGGACUCCGAAAGAUGUGCCGAACCCCGCCACGAAUCCGCAGCAGUGCGGUUUGAAUUCGACAGGCCGCAUCUGCGAUCCCGACCUGCUUCUUUCUCCAGCAGACCGACAACAGAUCCAGCAGGUCUUACAGGAAGUGGACAAGAAAACAAAGCUGCAAUGCCCAGAUGGUACCAACCACUCCUACCAAGCAGCUGUUCUAGUUGUCAAGAGCAUCGCCUCGUCGGAGUGGAUUGGAGCUUUUGGCAUUCACACGUGGAUCGCGGGAAACAAAGAGCUAACGGGCGAGCGAUUUGCCCACAUGGUCGGUGAUUUCUGGGGGGUCGGGAAUGCCGGCUGCGACAACGGCUUGCUUCUCUUCCUGAGCAUCGACGACCGCAUGUUCUACUUAAAGACAGCAAAGAAGACGCGCGAAGUGCUGUACGACUCAGAAGCGGAGCUCAUCCUCAAGAACAUGAAGCCUCUGUUGAAAAAGGGGGACGUUCGAGUUGAACGGGCUCUCAACUUUUUUGUUGCUGCGGCCAAGACCGGCUCCGCGAUUCUCCGUGGGACGGAGGAGAUCCUGGAUGCGCUGCAAGGCAAAAGCAUCCCAGUGUACCGCAGCUGGACCGACUACCUAAUGUUCACUCUGCUGGGCUUCGUUAUCUGCAUCAACUUGCCUCAACUUCUUGCUCUUUUGCUGAUUUCCUUGGCGGCAGUGGCCACACUGCUCCUCUGGCCUUGCGCCAAGCUGGCAGAUGCCUGCUCGGCAUGCUGGCGCAGGCUCUUUCCAAGCAGCGCGGAGCAAGAUCUGCAACGCGUGCAGAAGGAACUGGAGAAGGACGAGUUUGACCAGUCCAUGUGUCCGAUCUGCCUCGAGAAUUUUGCGCCGGAUGAGGCUGCUGAGGUACUAGCUCUCAGCUGCAAGCAUCGCUUCCACAAAAGGUGCAUCGAGGAGUGGGUCCAGGCGAACGAGUCCUGCCCGCUUUGCCGUGCUGAUGUGGGCGCUGAGUUGGCUUUGACGGAUGAGGACAAGCAGAAGUCCGAACACUACCAGCGCAGACUUCGCUUCUACCUUUCACGGCUCGUGCAGCGACAUCCCAGCAGCUUCAGAACCAGAACUACGAGCCCGAUUUACUACUCCAACAACGACACAUACUUGCUUUAUGUGCCCCACUAUUCUUACGCAGACAGCGUGGCCAGCAGCUUCACCAGCGCUGCGCAAACGUCCGGCUCCAUCGGUCAUUUGGGAGGCAUGAUAGAAACAAUGACGGUGGUUGGGUGA